CACAAAAUCUUCAUUCCUCCUACACCUUCCAGAAAAUGGCUUCCCUUUCUAUCAAAAAAUCUCUACUAACCAUCCUUCUUGCCUGCAUUGUCUUUGCCACGGCUCCCGGGAAUGUGAUGGCUCAGUCUGUGGACAGCAUUGUCACACCCCAAUUCUUUGAUGGCAUCAAGAACAAUGCUCCCGCAACUUGUGCUGGGAAGAGCUUUUACACCCGGGACGCCUUCCUUAGCGCUCUCAGUUCCUUCCCUAACUUUGGACAACUAGGUUCUGCGGAUGACAACAAGCGCGAGAUCGCUGCUUUCUUUGCCCAAGCCUCACAUGAGACUGGAUCUUUCUGUUACACCGAAGAGAUUGACAAGAGUAACACCUACUGCCAAUCAAGUACGGAAUAUCCAUGUGCUGCGGGCAAGUCCUACUAUGGACGAGGUCCACUCCAGCUAAGCUGGAACCUGAACUACGGAGCAGCCGGAAAGGCUUUGGGGUUAGAUUUGCUGAACAAUCCUGAAACCGUGUCCACUGACCCAGUCGUGUCAUUUAAGACUGCAUUAUGGUACUGGAUGACCGCAGUACGUCCUGUGGUGGGGCAAGGGUUUGGUGCAACGACUCGUGCUAUCAAUGGUCCCGUUGAAUGUGAUGGAAAACGACCUGAUCUGGUUCAGGCCAGGGCUAACCUCUACACCAGCUACUGUACCCAGCUUGGUGCCACUGGGUCCAGAAAAAAUGUUCAGUUCGAAUUCGGAUUGCAUUCUACCGGAUCAACCGAAUUCCAUGGAUUGUAAGGGCUUUUCUUUACAAUAGUUGGUGCCAUUUUGUUAAUUCCUGGGUUCUAUUAUACACGGAUCGCAUACCUUGCAUACAAAGGAUAUAAAGGUUUCUCCUUCUCCAAUAUACCUUCCGUGUAGAUGAUGCCAUUGCCAGAUAUUUUAGCUGUAUUGCCUCUUCUGUACAGAUGUUUCACUGAGUCUUGUACUUUUUUCAUUUUCAAUGUUAUAUUUUCCCUUCUAGUACGGAGAAUAAUGUCCGGUAUCAGUC